ACUGGCACAAUGUCGACCAUCGUGCCAGAGCUCCUUGCCAAGAAGCGCAAGCGGGACGAGCAGGCCGCUGCCGACCGGGCAGUGGCUGCUCUGGAGUCUCGCAAGAAGGCCCGGGCCACUCGCAAGGACAUCUUCAAGCGCGCGGAGAAGUAUGUGUCCGAGUACCGCUCCCAGGAGAAGGACAUGGUCCGCCUGAAGCGCGAUGCCAAGGCUAAGGGUGGCUUCUACGUGCCCCCUGAGGCCAAGGUCAUCUUCGUGGUGCGCAUUCGCGGUCUCAACAAGAUUGCCCCCAAGACGAAGAAGAUCCUGCAGCUGCUGCGCCUGAAGCAGCUGAACAUGGGCGUCUUCCUCAAGGUGAGCAAGCCCGUGCUGAACAUGCUCCAGCGCGUGGAGCCCUACGUCGCCUUCGGCUACCCCAACCUGAAGUCGGUCCGGGAGCUGAUCUACAAGCGUGGCUACGCCAAGAUCAAGGGCAACCGCAUCCCCCUGACGGACAACCGGAUCAUUGAGGAGAACCUGGGCAAGCACGGGCUCAUCUGCAUGGAGGACCUGGUGCACGAGAUCUACACGUGCGGCCCCAAGUUCAAGGAGGUCAGCACCUUCCUGUGGCCCUUCAAGCUGUCGUCGCCUAAGGGCGGCAUGGACAAGAAGCGCCUGCACUACGUGGAGGGCGGCCAGGCCGGCAACCGCGAGGAGAAGAUCAACGCUUUCAUCCGCAAGAUGAACUAAGCGCAGCGGUAGCAGCAGCAGAAGCAGCGCUACUUGCAGAGGCCGCAUACGCAGCGCUGGCAGCAGCGGCCAAUGCAGCAGCGGUGGAGACGGCAGCAGAUAGUGGAGCGGAGCUAGGCUCUUGCUUUGCUGCGCCGUGAUAGGAUAGUGCUAGAUGCCCCAAGGGCGCCGCACCUCCCAACCGCUUGCAGCUGCGAGUUGGUCUUCCUUGGUGGUUUCGCCCGGCUUUCGUCGGAAGGAGAGCGUGUAAUGCGUAUCUGUGCGUAUGGCUUCGCCUCCUCUCUAUUGCUGAGCAUGGCCACAAACUCAUGCACGUUAAUCUAAACACAUGGCUGGAGAGCAGCGGAAAUAAGCC